ACGUUGAAUCAAUGUUUCUCUCUGUGUGUUGCAUGUGGAUCAGUGACAAAUAAUACUUUAUCUGGAGUCAUCAAGUCUAUGCCAAAGAUGAAAUCUAUCAGGAGUCUUAUAGCCAAGCAGUGGUCCUCUGAUGUUCGUCUGGAUGGAAAAACAGCCAUUGUGACGGGUGCCAAUAGUGGCAUUGGAAAAGAAACGGCCAAAGACCUCGCUAAGAGGGGGGCCCACGUGGUGCUGGCCUGUCGGGACAUGGGGAAGGCGGAGAGGGCGGUGGCCGACAUCGUGAGAGAGGUGGAGGGGGCCAGUGUGGUGGCCAAGAAGCUGGAUCUGGCCGACACAAAGUCCAUCUGUGAAUUUGCAGAGAACAUUUACAACACUGAAAAAUCCCUGCAUUUCCUCAUCAACAAUGCAGGCGUGGCCCUAUGCCCGUACACAACCACCUCAGACGGCUUUGAGAUGCACUUUGGCGUGAAUCACUUAGGUCACUUCUUUCUGACCUUCCUUCUGCUGGACCUCCUGAAGCACUCGGCACCGUCGCGGGUGAUAACCGUGUCGUCCGUGACCCACCCGAUGGGCAAGAUCAACUUCGAGGACGUGAGCAACGAGAAGAGAUAUUUUCCCAUGGCAGCGUACACGCAGAGCAAGCUGGCCAACAUCCUCUUCACCCAAGAGCUGGCCAGGAGAGUGGAGGACUUCGGGAUAACUGUGUAUGCAGUGGACCCAGGAGUGGUAAACACGGAGAUAUUUAGACACAUGAGUUGGUCUCUACAGCUCUUCAUGAAGACUUUUAGUUUCUUCCUCAAAACGCCCGAGGAGGGCGCCUACACGAGCCUCUAUUGUGCGGUCACCCCAGACUUCCCGUCUGGAGGCUACUACAGGAACUGCGCCCCGGCCGCGUGCUCUCGCGCUGCCAAUGACGACCGCACGGCCUGCAAGCUGUGGGCUCUCAGCUGCCACCUGUUGGGCAUCCGCUGGCGCUGACGAGACUCAUGAUGAAUUGCCACACCAGCUAUUCCAACAGCUAUACCUAUAAUCAUACGGCUUAUGAGUUUAGCCAUGUUUUCUUUUCCAAUGAUUUGUUCUUUCAGGAAAUGUAGCAACAAAUGAAAGUUAAAUAGCCU